AUGGAUUUACAGAAAAUUGCAGAUUUUGGUGAAAGUUUGGGUUAUACGGGAAAGGAUUUACAGUUGUUUGUGAAAGAAAAGAUUGACAUACAGCUAGCUAAAGAGCAGGCGGAAAGAGAAAGAGAGGAGAGAGCGAAUGUAAGGGAAGCUAAAAAGUUUGAGCAAGAGUUGGAGAAGGCUAAGCUGGAGAGAGAGAAAGAAAAGGAGAGAAUGGAGGUAGAGAAGGCUAGGAUAGAAGCAGAGAAAGAGAAGGCUAGCAUAGAAGCAGAGAAAGAGAAGGUGAGGUUACAUGUGGAGUUAGAGAAAGAAAAAGCCCAGUUAGAAAUGACUGAAAGAGUAGAAUUGGAGAAACUAAAGAAAGAAAAUAGUAUGAGUGAGGCUCCAGAGAACAGUACCCCUUCUCUCCCAGUGAGAAUCGAGAAUUAUUUCACCAGGUGGAUAGAGUUAAGUGGCACUGAGAAAACAUAUGACGGGGUGAGAGAUCUCCUACUGAGGGAACAGAUUCUCAAUAGUACAGGGAGAGAUUUGAGCAUGUUUCUGAGGGAGAGGACGCCUAAGACAGCUAUGGAAAUGGCUAAACUUGCUGAACAAUUUGUUGAAGCACGAGGCACAGGAUUUAGUAAGUUCCAGAAUCCUUUGUAUAGCAAGAGUAACAAAUAUGUUCACCAAGACAGAAUUAAAGAGAAAGGUUAUGAGGACAGUAGAAAAGUCAAGAACAUAGAUGACAAAAGAGAACCUACUAAGUUUGUUUCUAUAAAUCAGAGGAAAUGUUAUGCUUGUGGGGAGGUGGGUCACAUAGCCUCUCGAUGUUCUAAGCAUCAUACAAAAGGUAUGAAGGUUGCUAGUAUUUACCGAGAGGAGUCUGUUGAUAUGGUACAGGAUGGUCUGAUAACUGAAGCUCAGGUGGACGCACAUGUAGAGAAGGAUAAAAUCAUCACAGAUGAUAAUGAGGGGGAGGUAACUUCAGGGACAAUGUGUGGAAUGUGUGGAACAAUGCCUAUUUGUCAAGGUAAAGUGUUUGAUCAUGCUGUGCAGGUAUUACGAGAUACCGGUUGUAGCGGGGUUAUUGUGAGGAAAUCUUUAGUUGAUGAACAGCAUUUCACUUCAGAUACUCAGACAUGUGUAAUGGCAGAUAGUAGAGCAGUUGUAAUUCCGGUAGCUUGGAUUACUAUUGAUACUCCCUUCUACAGAGGUACUGUUAAAGCAGCUUGUCCGGAGACUCCUUUGUGUGAUUUGAUCUUGGGUAAUAUUCCUGGAGUUAGAGCCCCUGAUAAUCCCUUUCCAGAAACCACAGAAACAGUGCUAGCAGUAGAAACUAGAGGUCAGAAAAGAGUGAGAGAGGAAGGUAAAAUCCCCAUGAAAACUAUAGUUUCAGUUGGUGUUUCCUUGAGUAGAAAUGAGUUUGUGGAAAUGCAGAGGCAGGAUGAGAGUUUGAAUAAAGUGAGGAAAAUGGCAGAAGAGAACAAGGUCAGAAACACGACUCAUGACUUGACACCAGAGCAGAAACAGGAAGUGAGUGAGUUAGUUUCUGAAUAUCAAGAUGUGCUCACAGAUCUACCUGGUAGGACAGACUCUAUAGAGUACAAAAUUAAAUUAACCUCUACUGAACCAAUCAGUUCCAAGCCCUAUCCUUUGCCCCAUCAUAUGCGGGAGGUAGUUGCUAGAGAGGUAGAGUCCAUGUUAAGGAUGGAUGUGAUAGAACCAUCAAAUUCACCUUAUGCUGCUCCAGUAGUCCUGAUUAAGAAACCUGACGAGACUUACCGUUUUUGUACAGAUUUCAGGAAAUUGAAUCAGAUAUCAGUAUUUGAUCCGGAACCUAUUCCAUUGGCUGAAGCUGUAUUCAGCAAGUUGAGUAAAUGCAAAUACCUGACCAAAAUUGACAUUAGCAAGGCUUGCUGGCAAGUUCCCAUGGAGGAAAGGAGCAAAGAAUAUACUGCCUUUAUUACCCCUGAUGGGUUGUAUCAAUGGAAGGUUAUGCCAUUUGGGGUUGUGAACGCUCCGGCAGUUUUUUCCUGGUUGAGGAGAAAAGUCCUAAAAGAUAUUCCGAAUGUUGAUAAUUAUAUUGAUGACAUCUUGGAGGGUACAGAGGACUGGGAGAACCACAGAAGUAGUCUCAGAAUGGUAUUUGAUCAUCUCAGGCAGCAUCAUUUGACAGCACGCCCUUCUAAGGUAAAGAUAGGAUAUACACAUUUGGAAUUCCUAGGUCACACAGUUGGGGAAGGUCAGUUAGCCCUCAAUUCACACAAUCUAGAUAAGAUUCUGAAUCUGGCCAGACCAGAGACGAAGAAACAAGUAAGAGCUCUGAUAGGACUUACUGGUUAUUACCGGAAGUUCAUUCCUAACUUUGCGGCAAUUGCAGCACCACUCACUGAUUUGACAAAAAAAGGGAUAGGUGGAAUAUUAUUGCAGGAGCAUGAAAAUGAGAAAUUCCCCGUAAUGUUUGUGAGUAGAAAGCUACUGAAAAGAGAGAAAGCAUACUCCACUAUUGAGAAAGAGUGUUUGGCAAUAGUGUGGGCAGUACAAAAGUUGACGAGAUAUCUAUACGAGAGAGAGUUUGUGUUAGAAACUGAUCACCAGCCUCUUGUAUGGAUGAGCAAAGCAAAGUUGACAAACGGGCGAGUCAUGAGGUGGAUAGAGUUAAGUGGCACUUUCGAAAACUUAUAUGACGGGGUGAGAGAGAUCUCCCUACUGAGAGAACAGAUUCUCAAUAGUACAGGGGAGAGAUUUGAGCAUGUUUUGAGGGAGAGGACGCCUAAGACAGCUAUGGAAAUGGCUAAACUUGCUGAACAAUUUGUUGAAGCACGAGGCACAGGAAGGGAUUUAAUG